GCCGCCGCAGGCCGCGGGACCCCCGCCCGGGCGCUGCCAUGGGGGACCCGCUGCCCCAGAUGCCGGCCGCGCUGCCCUCGACCGCGAUGGACGAUCUUCUGCCUUUGCUUUUUCCACCAAACUGGGGGCUUCACGAACCUGCCCCCAGCAGCAACCCCAUGGUGGAGAUAAUCGAGCAGCCCAAGCAGCGAGGGAUGCGCUUUCGCUACCAGUGCGAGGGCCGCCUGGCUGGCUCCAUUCCCGGGGAGCGCAGCACCGACACCACCAAGACGCACCCCACCAUCAAGAUUCACAACUAUCAGGGUCCGGGGAAGGUCCGCAUCUCCCUGGUGACCAAGGAGGCCCCACAUCGGCCUCACCCCCAUGACCUGGUGGGGAAAGAUUGCAAAGAAGGCUACUACGAGGCCGAGUUGUCUCCGGAGCGCUCCAUUCACAGCUUCCAGAACCUGGGCAUCCAGUGUGUGCGGAAACGGGAUUUGGACAAGGCCGUGGCUAAGCGGAUCGAGACUGGGAACAACCCAUUCAACGUGCCAAUGGAGGAGCUAAAAGGAGACUAUGACCUGAAUGCAGUUCGACUCUGUUUCCAGGUCUGGAUUCGGGAUAUGGGCACGGGGCACUUGAUUCAGCUGCCUCUGGUGGUUUCCCAGCCAAUCUACGACAAUCGCGCCCCCAAUACCGCUGAGCUGAAGAUCUGCCGUGUGAACCGCAAUUCGGGAACUUGCCUGGGAGGAGAUGAAAUCUUCCUUCUCUGUGACAAAGUGCAGAAAGAGGACAUCGAAGUCCGCUUCUUCAAGGAUUCCUGGGAAGCGAAAGGCAGCUUCUCUCAAGCCGACGUCCACCGCCAGGUGGCCAUCGUCUUCAAGACUCCGCCGUACGGGGAUCAGGCCCUCCGUGAGCCUGUGACGGUCCAGAUGCAGCUGCGCCGUCCGUCCGACAAGGAAGUCAGCGGCUCCAUGGAGUUUCGUUACCUCCCCGACGAAGGCGACUUCCAUCGAAUUGAGGAGAAACGCAAACGGACUCUUGGGACUUUCAAGAGCUUUGUGCAGAAGACACCUUUUGCAGCAGCAGGAGCGUCAGAAGCCCAAAUUCCACGCUGCAUUGCUGUUCCGAAGCGUGGAGUAGCACGGCCCAAUACCGGUGCUGUGCCAGGCCUCCUAGGCGCAUCAGGGCAGUCGGCUCUGCUGCAGGCCCAGAAGCCCCAGGUCGUGACUCAGACUCCCACCAGCUUCUUCGUCGGGCCCAGCCACCCCACCCCGCCGCCACCACAGGCUGUGAUCUCCAGCUUCAGCACGGUCAACAUGGAGGAGCUGUCGUGCCUGGGCGUCUCCUCGCAGGUCCAGCCCUCCGCCUUGGACACGGAAACCACCAUUGCGGACGCCUUCCUGCACCUCCACUUCGAAGGCGGGGAUGCGCUGGGGGGCAUCUUGGACGACGCCCCCUACAGCAGCCUGGACAGCAUCAACACCACCGAGUUCCGGCAGCUGCUCAGCGAGGGAGCGGGCCCCGCAGCCGGGCCGGACAGCCAGGGGACUCUGCUGACAUACCCAGAGUCCAUCACCCGCCUGGUCAGCCAGCGGAGGGCAGGAGGGGAGCCCGGGGACAGCGGGGGGGGCGGCAGUUCGACCCACAACAGCUUCCUCAAUGGCCUUCUGGGGGCCCUUCCCGCCGAGGACAGCUUUUCGUCCAUGGUGGAUCUGGAUUUGAACUCGCUUCUCAACUCGUAAGCUGGCCCCUCUGGACUCAGGGGCCCGAACUCCAAGGGGCCCACUUGCCCUUUCAAUCGAGACUCGCUGCGGGCUCUCGGCCCACUGUGCUUCCAGCUGUUCUUUGGGACGUGGUGUGGAGGGGCAGCCUUCAAAGCGGGGGCUUGGCCUCUGUUCUGUUCCCCCCCUCCGUGCCACCUCUUCCUGGCACUAGCUGCACGCCCGUGGGAGGUGAGCGUGGCCUGGCUUUGACUGUUUUCUGCCUCCUGACCUGGCAGAUCCUCUUCUUGCUACCCUAUCAAAAUGCCGCAGUUGUUUUUUAAGAAGCUAAAACUUCAUGGUGUUUGAAGACUUUUUUUUUUUAAAUGCUGUAGAUUUGUGCAAAACAAGCAGGUAAUACCCCACUGUGUUGCCGCCAGCUUGCCUCCUUCCUGCUCGCGUGGCCUAAGUUGGCCAACUUUUUAAAAGAUUGUGUAGAAUUCCUGUGCCUUUAACAAGGCGGCCGUCAGCUAUUGCACUGAUGAAGUGCCUGUUACUUUUUUUUUUUUUUUAAGACACAGAAAGUUUAUUGGGGUGCCUUUUUUUGCAACAGUUUUGCGUUGUCACAGCUCCGUCUGCAAGAAGACAUGCCAGAGCAAAUCCCUGGAUUCUCCCCCCCCCGGACUAGGGAUUCCAUUUUUAAGCAAAGGCUUAAGACAGGAUCCUUCCGCUAGCGGGGAGAAAAUGGUUCUUGCUGGGCUUUCCGGCUGGAGUGGGUCUGUCUGAGGGUGCACUUGUGCUUGAGAUCAGCCACAAGGCCAGUCCAGAGAGUGAAGGACGCAGAAGUGAACCAAGUCUUCACACCUUUCUGCUGGCUGAUGCUGAAAUGUUCAGGCUUCUGUUCUCCUCCUUCCUAGUAAGAAAAACCAGGGGGAUUUCAUUCACCUAAUAAUGCACAGAACUUGGUUAACCGGAACCUGGGUUUGUGGAGUUCACCCAGCGUGUGGAAGCAUCAGCUCACCAUGCUGGCUGGGUUAAUACGGCACCCAAAGCCACGCAAAAAUUAUCGAGGCGUAGUGCAUUGUGAGUGUGGCUGACAUCAGAACAGGGGAUAAGCAGCUUUUUCCUGCCUGCCUUCAUGCGCUUGAGCAAAAACCCAGUUAGGGGGAGUUGCAGAGAAAAGUCGGUUUAGGCCAGAUGGAGGGUAACCACAUACAUCCCCCCCGCUUAGCUGUGGAUUCAGACGGGGCUAAUGUUCCCCUCAUCUGUCCCACAGGGUACAAAGGGAGGAGCUGUGUCACAACCCUGCUGCCUUAUUUCUUUUUAUAAACAGUAUGCUACAUUUAAAAGGGAAAAAAAAGGGAGAGUGGACCUGUAAAGCUUAAUUAACCUUUUACUUUUUCAAGUGCAUUUCUUUCCUUUUGGGCAAUGUAAACUGACCGUUCCUCCUUUGUUUUCUCCUCACUGUAGCAGGUUCUAAUAAACUAAAGCCUCACCAUUGCAAUGUA